UUUCUUGCUGGGUUCUGUUUUGUUCUAUUGGUAUGCUGUGUGUUUUCAUCAGAGCGGAUUCUAUUCGCUUGUCAAGAUAUUUACUUUAUUGGUGGUUUUUCAACUGGGUUUUCUCCUUUAAGUUGCAUAAUUUUAUGUCAAAUUGGGUGGUUUAUUUUUUAUUUUUUAAGGGUUUAUGUUAAUUUUUGGUUUCUUUCACAUACACAGUAGUUCUUGUGUGAUGGGAGAGAGAAUUCCCUCUGGGAGUUACUUCCAGUACCCACCUCCUGGAGUCCAUGCUUCUCCACACAGGUCUUCUCUCCCUGUAGAUCGAGAAAGUUGGUGGUUCCAUACUUCAUGUUUGCCGUCAGUGCGUCUGGUGCUUUUAUCAUAUUAUAUAGAGAUAUUUGGCUGAACUACUAGCAGAGAAGCAAAAGUUGGGACCAUUCAUGCAAAUUUUGCCCCUAUGUAGCAGACUUCUAAAUCACGAAAUCAGACGGGUGUCAGGCUUCAAUCAAACUCUUGUAGAUCAUGAAAGACUUGAGCAUGAGAGUCCAUUUAGGACAUUAAGUCAAAACGCAAAUGGUAGACCAAUGGAUUUGGAGGGAUGGCCAGGAAUGCAAAUGGAGGAAAAUGGACAUAUACAGAGAAUGGCCCCGUUUCAAUCUCCUUCUAUGGGCUGGCCUGGGGUGCAAGGAAUUCCAGCCACUCCUGUUGUAAAGAGAGUAAUUAGACUUGACGUUCCAGUGGACAAAUAUCCACAUUACAAUUUUGUUGGCAGAAUUUUGGGACCACGUGGGAACUCCUUAAAAAGAGUUGAAGCGAUGACAGAGUGUAGGGUUUACAUCCGAGGUCGGGGCUCUGUGAAGGAUUCUGUAAAGGAAGAGAAAUUAAAAGAAAAGCCCGGAUAUGAACAUCUUAAUGAGCCAUUGCAUGUAUUGGUGGAGGCUGAAUUUCCUGAGGAUAUAAUCAAUGCGCGAUUGGAUCAUGCAGUGGCAAUACUAGAAAACCUUCUGAAGCCUGUGGACGAGUCCUUCGAUCACUAUAAGAAGCAACAGCUUAGAGAAUUGGCUAUGCUAAACGGUACAUUGAGGGAAGAGAGUCCGAGUAUGAGCCCAAGUAUAAGCCCUAGCAUGUCACCAUUUAACAGUACAGGAAUGAAACGAGCCAAAACAGGAAGAUAACUUGUAUAAACAUGAUUAAUUGUUUUGAUCACUGAAACAGUAGCGCCUGACUCGUCGAAGACCUUGUGGCAUCUUGAUAAUUUUGACUUCCAAAACCGUGAGAAGCUGUGUUGACAAACUGAUGAACUAAUUUUGGGCUCUUUGUUUGGCAUCUCAUAGGGUUCAACCGCAGCAUUAGUUCUGUGCAACAUACUUCUACGUGCAGUAAUAUAUUCUUUCAUGUGUUAUCCCAUUGAUAGCCAACACAUUAUUCUUUAGUUAUUGUAGCUUAUAGCCCCAUAGCUUAUAGGCUCCCCUUUGAUUUUUCUAUCAUCUUCCAGCAGCUUGUAGGCAAAUGCUAAAGCUUAUUGUAGCUUACAACCCCUUAGCUUAUUAUUGUUUAUAGACAAAUGCUAAAUUUUAUUGUUGUUUUACAUGCGU